CCUCCCGGACGACAUCAUCUUGGAGAUCCUCUCACGCUCGCAAGCCAGCUUAAUAUACCGGUUCAUUCUUACAUCGAAGGCGUUGGGCCGUGUUAUUUCGUCCGACAAAAGAUUAUCUAGAGCAUUUGCUGGUUACUUCUAUCACACAUACGAUUUUUUCCGUGAGCCUAGAAUAAUGCGCUGCUUUGCCAGCAUCUUUGGGCAGCAGAUUGAUCCUAGCCUGGAUUUCAUGCCACAGGAUUAUGAGUUCGAGCUAGUAGACAGCUGCAUGGGCCUUCUUCUUUGUCGUUGCAACAAGACACCAUCCUCUUCUGAUGUGUUCAACUAUGUAGUUUGCAAUCCUGCAACAAAAAGUUGGUUAGAUUUGCCCCCAAGCCCUACUAGCCGGAGAACUGCUAUUUGCAUGGCCCGUUUGGGUUUUGACCCUGCAGUCUCACCAGAAUUUUAUGUAUUUGAAUUCCUGGAUAUGGGUGAGGUCCUAGAAGUGUCUGGGGUAAACAUCUUCUCAUCUGCAAUGACAAGCUGGACGUAUCAAAACAGUGGGUGGGAUAAGGUUAUUGGUCUGCAAAUUGAUUCCAGAAGUAUAUUCAUUCAUGGAAGAAUCCAUCUGAUUACACAGUUAUCUGAGUUAGUUUCAGUAGACACCAGAGGGGAGUCUUGGACUGUAUUCAGUAAUUUGACUGUUGAGUUCAUUGGGCUGUCACAAGGGCACUUACACUGUGUCACGGCAAAUACAGCUGAUGUUGCCGUUCUUUGUCUGGAGGAAUAUGACACCAAGACAUGGGUUUCCAAACUUCAUCUUGCCAAGGGACAGUUGUCUGAAAACAGUGCAGAGAAUUGGAAAAUAAUUGGGAUACAUCCAGAUUUCGACUUUCUUUAUCUUGCCAGUAUAGAUGACAGUAAAAUUGCAUCCUACAGCAUCAAGUUCCACGAAUUGAAGCACAUUGUUGACCUUGAUGAAGGUGCCCAAGGGCAGUACUUUUCUUAUGUUCCGAUCUUCUCAGAGAAUCUACAAGAUCUUGAAUGUAGACAUUCGAUAGAUGGGAGCAUUUGCAGGAACACAUCAGAGACUAUAAGAUCAGCCUGACGUUGCUCUUGAGGUUACCAAGUAGAUUACUGCUAUAUCAUGCCAUUCUUUACAUCCUCCAAGUGCUCCUGUAUGCAGGAAAACUCUGUUAAGUCACUAGAUUAGUUUUACAUCCCAGGAUUUCAGUUGUAGCAUGCUACCCUUAUGAGCACCCAGUAAUGUAAAGAUGAUGAAGACGCUCACUCUUGUUGGCCAUAUUGGAGGUGUCAUUUUGCGUUAGUAACUCUGGACAUCUUCAGAUGUUAGAACGGAGCUAGCCAGGGACCUGUAGGUUAUAGGACAUUCCUGUAGAUGGU